ACUUCGAUUGUUUACGUUUGCAGAGUUCAAUUUUUUAGCCUUGUUUAUUUAUUGUUUGCCUUUUAAAAACUUUUAUAAAACAAUUAAUAUUUCAAGUGAUUUCAAGAAACAAUUUAAAAAUAAAAAACGCUACUUAUCUAUAUAAUAGAAAAUAUAACAAUGAGUAAUGAAAAAGUUAUGAUGGAUAUUUACAAUGCUCUAGUACUCUUGCAAUAUCCAAGGAUAACCUUAAUAAAUUCAAAGGACAUUGAAACACAAAUUCUCGGUGGUGACAAUCGAAUUUGUUUAUUGUCGUGGCUCCUUCAACAAAAUCCCAAAUAUUCUUUUCCACUUUUAAAUAAAUUAAAAGGAGAAGCACUAGAAGAAGAGUUAUUCAAAUAUUAUUCACAAAUUGGUAUUUGCCGAGACAAAGAACAAUUAUUAGGUAAAUGUUCAUUGAGAAAUCAACAGAGUACACUUAAAUUAUUACUGUUGUUUAUAAAAAAUAUCAAUAAAGGCGAAAGACAAGAGGAUGAAACGAACGAUGUAUCUGUCAACGAUACGUUGCAGAACUAUUUUGAGAAGAAUGUGAAUAUUUUACCCGAGGAUUUUAGUCUUAUUACAAAAUUAAGUCAAUCUGAGACGAGUAAAUAUAUCGAGGAGACUAGAAGAAACGUUGAAGAAAUUCAAAAACAAAAUUCUGCUUCGAAAAAUAAAUCUUUUCAAAAUACGGCAGAAAUAUUACACGAGGAAAAACUAAACUUCGUUCCAGACAUAAAAAAUGAUGUAAUGAAAAUAAAUUUGGAAGAAUUUGCCAAAUCGUUCAAAGACCUCGAAACUGUUUCGAAGGAUUCGCACACUGCUCGGCCUGAAAUAUCCAAUAUGAAUAAAAUAAUUGAUGGGAUGAAUUUCAAUUUUUCUACAAUUGAACAGGCAAUAAAUUGCAAAGAGAAAAUUGCACAAUUAACUGUUCCAACUGGAGUACGAACGUUAAAUACACCUCUCACUGAAACCGUAGAUGAAAGUGUAUUUUGGCUUCAACGAGUUUCUAAUGCUCAGACAAAAGUCGAAAAUUUUUGACAGAGAAGCAUGUUAUUUAAAAUACAAUAAACCUAUAUUUAUUUUUAAAUUAAAAUUCUAUAUUUUCAAAUGUUUUUAAAGCAAUAACUUAUCAAAUUGAAUUUAAAUUAUU